AGAGGCUGCUGCGAACGCCGCCCGCCUACGGCCUCAGGGAAAGGCGUCUCCGAGCACCGCCUCUAGGGGUCGCCCUUUCCCCAACCCGCAGUCGAGGCGCGGACUCCGCAGCAGCGCCCCCUGCCGGACAGAUUUGAAAGCUACUCCCCUGCCCAGCCAAUCAGCGUGGCCUCGUGGGUUGGUUCGGUCGGCCGCCCUUCCUUUCGUUGCGUCCGCCCACUCUAUGGAGAUGAGGUGUUCGUGAGAGCGCUCCUAUUGGUCGCGAAGGCUUCCUCCGCCCACGCAGGGCGCCCGGAGCGAUCCUCCACUCGUCGAACCCGAUAGAUUCGCCUGGAUCGCCGGGGGAGGCAUGCUGGCCGGCGAUUCGUUACGCGCCGGCUUCCAGAUCCCGCUGAGUGGCCUCUGAGCAGCCGGGUAGAAAUCGGCUGAUGAAAGCCAUGAAGCGAAAGUGGACCGAAGAGGAGGCUGAGCCUGCUUCAGCCACACCGUGCAGCUCUCUCUUCAGCUUGUCUGUCUCCAAGCUCCACCAAAGCCUGCAACAUGUUGAGCCCAACCUCAGGCACCUGGUGCUGGUGGCCAACACGCUCCGUCGCUUCCAGGGGGAGAUGCAACCAGGGCCUGCCCCUAUUCUCCAGGCCACCUUAGGCCAGGAAGACCUUUCUGAGGGCAGCCCGAUGCCCAGUGCCCUGGCCUGCAACCUGUCAGAGCCCAGCUGGAGGCUGAUGUCACCCCCUUCUCUGUCCCCCUACGUGGGCGACCUCCUCCUUUCCAAUGGGGACUCAUCUGCCUUACAGGCCUUUUCGGAGGACUUGAGUGAUAUUGGUCAGCCUGAAGAGCGCCAGCUGUGUUUGCUCAGCCCUGAGGCUGAAUGGACGCCCCCUGCCUGCCCUUCUAGCACCCUGGACCUUCUAAGCCCUGGUGGCUACCUCCUGGAAGAUAGCCUGGAGGGGGUCUUUGAGGAUAUAGACACCUCCAUGUAUGACUGCGAUCUGUGGCUGCCCACCAGCCUCCCCAACUUCAAGGAGGCCUUCUGCUCACCAGGAGAGCAGAGGCCAGAUCUGGCAGACCUUGACUGUCUCAUGGAUGUGCUUGUGGGGGUAUAGGAACUAUGAGGGCACCGUCAAAGAAAAUUGUGAUCCCUGGUUGCCUGCUGAAAAUGGGUGUAGACAGGGAAAGAGCCGCUGCCACAGAGAACAAAGUCUUCAUUGCAUCUUCUGUAAAACUGUUUCUAGCUCCUCACACAGCUACCUCUUUGGAAGCUUUCUCAAAAGAAAAGUGACCAACUUUAAAUAAGUUGGGUACUCUACUUGCUGUCUCCAAUUUCAGGCUAACGGUCAUCUGCUACAGCAAAAUUCUGCAGUGGCUUAAAGAGGCUCUGAUUCAGCCAGAAUCUUUUUCUUGCACAAAGGGCUUGAUCUGUCUCGGGGAGCUUCAACGGGCUGGUCUCUUUAUGUAAGUAGAUAGAGCGGCUCCCACAGGUUGGGCAGUCAGGUGUGGUAAGAUUGAAGGUAAUUUAUUAUAUGAGCAUCAAGUAUUGAAAAAAGUGAAAAAGCUGCAUCCUGUUAAAGUGCUUUAAAGAAUUCAACACUUUCCUAUUGGAAUGACAUGUAUUCUGUGUAUUUGAGGAGGGACAGGAAGAGAAUCUUUGCUGGUACAGGGUCUUCUUUCCUGCCGCCAGAGCUCCCAGAGCCUCCUGACCAAGCGCGCCCGACUGUGGCUUUCCCUUCUUGUUUUGGAACAGCCACAGCAAGUGCCCGGGGCCUUUUCAGGGAGCAGGUUAGAAUCCCAACCUGCACCUGGCCACUCCUCAUUUGGCGCUGGAAGAGAAAGACAAAUCCCUUGAUGGAUGUCCUGGGGAGGCAGAGCAGUGAGGGAGAGUUUGUGGCAUAAGGCAGGGGCUUCUGUGAGGGAUGGGACGUUGCUGGCCUUGGAAGGGGUGCCCAAAGUGGUUGCUGGAGUGGAAAGAAACUCCAGGAUAGGGAGUUCAUGCAGAGGGCAAAUUCUGAACUGAUUUGGCAUCAAUUUAAGGUGAAGAAUGUAGAACUAUUUGGGGUUGGAUCAAGGACGGGGGGCGCAUCUAAUCCAACAGCUUUUCUUCCACAGUGACAACCCAGCUAUGAAUGAAAACAAGGAAAGUGGGCUCUGGGUUUUGCUCUGCCCUGCCCGAUUGCCUCCUGCUGCUCAGGGAGAUUCCAGGUUGCUUGUCUUUCAAUAAUUGGUGUUAUAAAUCCAUCUUUAGAUUGUCUAAGCAAGUGGCUGUUCUCAACCUUGCAGUGGAAUGGUGGUUGGAGCUGAACAAUACAUUAAAGUGUGUUUUGACUA